GACACGUUUUGACAGAGCCACCGGCUCGGGGCACGGCGUGCCAGAGCCACCGGGGAAACAGCGGGGGACGCGGGCUGCGAGAGACACCCAGGGAACAGAGGAGUAUUCGGGCUCCGACACUCACCGAGGCCACCAGCGGGGGACACCGUUUGCCACAGCCACCGGGCCACCAGCGGGGGACAAGGCUUCAAGGAUCAUGGCUGCCAUCGAGGAGCGCACCUUCAUUGCCAUCAAGCCUGACGGCGUCCAGAGGGGGCUGGUGGGGGAGAUCAUCAAACGCUUUGAGAAGAAAGGAUUCAAACUGGUAGCCAUGAAAUUAAUACAUGCCUCUGAGGACCUUCUGAGGGAACACUACAUUGACCUCAAGGACCGGCCAUUCUACGAUGGCCUGGUGCAGUACAUGCACUCGGGACCUGUUGUAGCCAUGGUGUGGGAAGGUCUUAAUGUGAUUAAGACUGGAAGAAUGAUGCUGGGGGAAACCAAUCCGUUCGAUUCCAAGCCCGGCACUAUUCGUGGGGACUUCUGUGUCCAAGUUGGAAAGAACAUCAUUCAUGGCAGUGAUUCUGUGGAAAGUGCUGAGACAGAGAUCAGUUUAUGGUUCACUUCUGAAGAACUGGUUGAUUACAGAAGCUGUGCUCAUGAGUGGAUCUAUGAUUAACACCCAGCCUGGAUCUUCUGAUAUUCCCAUGUCCAUGAGCAGCUACCAGCCUCUAGCUAUUCCAAAGAAAUCCUUGAUAGAAACCUCAGAAAACAGUGAAAUUGCUCUGUUGUGGAUGUUAGAGUCAGUGCUUGCUGCUCCUUUGAUUUAAAGUUGUCAAGUUAUAAAUGGAAUUGCACAUUUUAAAAGCUGCUUCUGGGACUGAGAGAUAUGAGAUGAAAAUACAGAAUAGAUAACAUAUAUUUUUCUGAAGCAUUUCAUAGUCAUAGAGGGUAUUUUGGUAAACAUUAAAAAAUGGGUAAAAAUUGUAUUUGGUAAAUAAAUAUGCAAAUGGUUCAGAGUCAGAGGACAACUUUGCUAAAACAUUAGAGGACAACUGAUGGUGCGUAAGUGCAUUGAUAAUAUGCCCAAAUGUUGAGGAUUUGCUUAAUAUUAAGUCAAGUGUGUCCCCAUUCCUAAAAUGGCUGCAGAAAAAAAAGCCCAUUUCUCUCCCCAGAACAUGCUGUGCCCAUAAAGAGCUCAACUCUGGCUUAAAUGACAACUGGCCUCUGCACUGACACUGUUUCAACUCGCUCUUUUUUCUUUCCACAUGGGAUUUAUGUAGUAUUUUAAGGACCGAUUAACCAGCCAGGCUUGAUGAAAUGUCCUUUUAUGUGAAAAGAAGAUUAAUGUGAGGAUAGCUGAAGGAGAUUCUACCUUUAGCCACUUCAGUGCAGCAGCUCUCUGACAUUGCACAGAGCAAUAAGUGGUGUUUGCUUUGCCAGCUGGUAAUUUAGCUGUGUUCUCAUUAGUGUAGUUUCCUCAGUCGCUGGAACUACAAAGCAAAUGGUCCUUGGAUAAACUGUUUUAGAGGUGACUUUAACACUAUCCUUUUGUAUUUAUUUAAUGAUGUAAAGAAGUAGAGUCAUAAUAAUGCAGAAGGUAUUUCAGUUUCAACAGCAAAAGUUGUACUGGAUGAGGCAGUUGGGAUUGAUAUUAUGUAUUUAUUUCCCUGCAACAUUAUAUUCACUAAGAGCAAGAGUUUCAUGGAAUUAGUUGCUCAAGCUCACGAUUUUUUUUCCCCCCACAGUGAGUUCUUGUAUCUGAAUACUGAACUAUGCUGUGAAUGUUGAAUUGAAGGCUUAUGAUACCUUAUGGUGAUAUCAAGCUCCUAAAAAGAGAUGGCACAAAAUAAAACAAUAUUUGCUGUUUGUUAAG